AUGAAAACCCAUUUUUGUUUUAUUUUUUGUCAAACAGACAUCGAUGAAUGCUCUGAUGGCUUUGUUCAGUGUGACAGCCGUGCUAACUGCAUUAACCUGCCUGGAUGGUACCACUGUGAGUGCAGAGAUGGCUACCAUGACAAUGGGAUGUUUUCACCAAGUGGAGAAUCUUGUGAAGAUAUUGAUGAAUGUGGGACCGGGAGGCACAGCUGUGCCAACGAUACUAUUUGCUUCAAUUUGGAUGGUGGAUAUGAUUGCCGGUGUCCUCAUGGAAAGAAUUGCACUGGGGACUGCAUCCAUGAUGGAAAAGUUAAGCACAAUGGUCAGAUUUGGGUGUUGGAAAAUGACCGAUGCUCUGUGUGCUCAUGUCAGAAUGGGUUUGUGAUGUGUCGACGGAUGGUCUGUGACUGUGAGAAUCCCACAGUUGAUCUUUUUUGCUGCCCUGAAUGUGACCCAAGGCUUAGCAGUCAGUGCCUACAUCAAAAUGGGGAAACCUUGUACAACAGCGGGGACACCUGGGUCCAGAAUUGUCAACAGUGCCGUUGUUUGCAGGGGGAAGUUGACUGUUGGCCCCUGCCGUGCCCAGACGUGGAAUGUGAAUUCAGUGUUCUCCCGGAGAGCGAGUGCUGCCAGCGCUGCGUUACAGACCCUUGCCAGGCCGACACCAUCCGCAAUGACAUCACCAAAACUUGCCUGGAUGAGAUGAAUGUGGUGCGCUUCACCGGAUCCUCUUGGAUCAAGCAUGGCACUGAGUGUACUCUCUGCCAGUGCAAGAAUGGUCACAUCUGUUGCUCAGUGGAUCCACAGUGCCUUCAGGAACUGUGAUGUUAACUGUCUCAUGGGAGAUUUCUGUUUAAAGAAUGUUCUUUCAUUAAAAAGACCAAAAAAAAAAAAAUUAGAACUUAAAUUGGAUGAUCUGUGGGCAGCUAAAUGCAACUCUGUUAAUAGCUGAGUGAACUUUCAAUUAUGAAAUUUGUGGAGCUUGAGAAAAUCACAAAGAAAAAUUAUUGGGGCAACAUUAGAUCACAAGUCUGCCUCUACUGUGUCUGACAUCACUAUGUAGAAGAAUGGCUAUAGAGUACACACCAUGACAUCAUGACCCCUGGAUGGAAAGCCUAAGUCUGUCGAAUCUUUGAAGGUCUCUAGCUUCACUGGUGCAGAAAAUUUUCCUCUAGAUCAGAAUCUUCAAGAAUCAGUUAGGUUUCUCACUGCAAAAAAAAAAUGUAAGGCAGUGAAUGAAUUAUAUUUUCAGAAGCAAAGCAAAGAAACUAUAACAUGUUAUGUACAGUACACACUCUGAAAAGAAAUCUGAAACAAGUUAUUGUAAUGAUAAAAAUAAUGCACAGGCAUGGUUACUUAAUAUUUUCUAACAGGAAAAGUCAACCCUAUUUCCUUGUUUUACUGCACUAAAUAUUAUUUGGUUGAAUUUGUUCAGUAUAAGCUCGUUCUUGUGCAAAAUGAAAUAAAUAUUUCUCUUACCUUAUAACA